AUGCCUCCCGAGAUCAGUCCCGUCCCUCUUUCUUCCCCUCGAACACGUCCUCGAGCAGCCACGGCAACGCAACCAACCACUUCUUCCUCUGCUUCAUCCCGUCGGCCAUCUCAAGCCAUGGGCCCUCCGGCUCUUUCGCUCGGUCCGAGCGAUCAGGAAACCGUCCGGGAAGCGACGGGUCCCUUGCGCCAUCCCAAACCCCUCACUCCGUCAGAUCUGCAUUCUAUGCUGGAGCAAGAGCAGGAAGCAAUGGUCAAUCGUUUGUCCAGAGAGCUAUCUUCCUUACGCCAACAAACAGCUUCCGUCGCAUCUACAACGUCGUCGGCCUCGACCAGCUUCAACGAUCCGGUCGAUGCUCUGCACACAUCCCCUCACCUCAUCAACACGGCGCAUCCUACAGCAUCUCGGCGUCAUCGCUCUUCUUCCAGUCUCAGCUCUUCUUACGUCCCCGCCGUCCAGGGCUCAAGGGCGGGAAGUGUCGCCGGAAUCGCACCAUCGCGGGAGGUUGGUCUAGCGUCCCCACGCCCGGGUGAUCCUAUGCGACCGGGUCGAAGUCGGGAGCCAUCUUUGACCUCGUCUCGACCGUCCGAAGGGGUCCUGUCCUCGUUUUCGCCUUCAUCCUCGCAACAUUUACCUUAUCAGUCCCUUGAUCAGUCCUCGCAUUUCCCCAACGCACCCACACAUGGCCAUCGUAGCUCUCUCUCGCAGCAGCGAUCUCGAACUACCUCUACUGCCUCCCGUCCCGACGAGAUUGCACACCAACGGGCGGAGCUCGAAGUAAUUCGGCGAGAGAAUGACGCAUUGCGACGUCGGGUGCGCGAGCUCGAGUCCACUUUGAAAAAGCAGCGCGAAAAUGAGUCGACGACGACGACGACGAUCUCAACCGCAAGUGGGACGUCUGCGCUUACCGAUGGAUUACGAAAAGCUUCCCUGACCGACACGAGGGACGACCAACAUUCUUAA